AUGGCGACAAAAGUCCAGCGCAUAAUGACGCAGCCGAUCAACCUCAUCUUCCGUUUCCUGCAAACGAAAAGCAGAGUGCAGAUUUGGCUGUACGAACACGCCGCGAACGGAGACGUUCUGGAAGGGCAAAUCGUCGGUUUCGACGAGUACAUGAAUCUCGUCUUGGACGAUUGCGAGGAGGUGAAGCGCGUCGGAGGUGCGAAACAAAGGACGAGCGUCGGGAGAGUUUUAUUGAAAGGUGAUUCGGUCACCAUGAUGGUUAAAGUAGACAAAUAG